CAAACCGACCCCGCUAUAAGAAAAGCCAAGUACAGAUGCCAAGCCCCCUCCAUAAAGUUGCGCCCGGCACCUCUGGAAACGCUCGCCAUGGCAGCUUCCACCUGCAUGACAAGUUGCAUCGUGGACGGCGACGCCCGGAUGGGGUUGAGGUAUGUGAGCCUCCGCAAGGGGCCGGGACCGGGUGGUGACAGUCUCCCAGCAGGGCUUGGGUGGCGGUCGCACCCUGGAGUGGUGGAUGGGAUAUCUUGCAGGCAAAUGUACCUGAGGAGCUACCCUUUCUCCAGGAAAGAGAGUGUGCCCGAGAGGACCAAGAAGUGCUUGGGGAGAGUCAAGAAGGGAGUGGCUCGCGGGAAAUUGGUGGUCCAGAGGGCUAAAGAGGUGUCCUGCUCUGCCUUCCUGGCGAUAUUUCAUCGCCUUCUCUCUUGCACGGCCAAGAUCGAUGUUGCUGAUUAUCAUCUCUCCCAGGGAGACUAUUGAGCAUAUACGACUGUUUCUCUUCGCCUUGAAUCUUUUCUUCUGUCUUUUUCUUUCUUGUUCUGGGUGUUAUGUGCUUCAUAUAGGGAGAACUGUGUAUUAUAUCCAUGAUGGGAUGGUGGGUCGAAUGCAAAGAUCAGGGCAGAAAGGUGGAAGCUGUGACACGAUGAUCGGUGUUAUGUUCUAUGAAUUUCUCGUCUUUUCAAUUUUUUUGGAAGAUGAAGUUCGUUUUUGUGAACUUGUUACUUCUUACAUUAAUUCACAGAGGUUCUUUGAUUUCCGCUUC